CUUAAUGAGAUCAGACUGAAAACGUGCCCCGUUGACGAUCCAGAGUCAUUACCUGCGCACGAACAUUGAAGCUUCGAAGAUGCAGAAUUACCACUUGACCCUGCCUCCGCCGCAGCCAUUAAUGUUUCGCCAGAACCAACUUAUGUUCAACAUGCCGCCUGCAGUGCCGCCGCAUCAUCCCCAUUUCCCGCCAACUUCCAUGCCAUCCAUGCCUACUUUUCCUACGAGUUCUUUCCCAUCAAGUUUCCCUCCUCCCGCGCUGCAGACACUCACCCUAGCAGAGCGUUUGGCAGACAUUAUUAUGGAAGCCAGGUACGGAGCCAACAGAAAACAACGCCGUAGUCGCACCGCUUUCACUAAUCAGCAGCUUGCCGCCUUAGAGAAAACUUUUGCAAAGACGCACUAUCCGGACGUGGUGAUGCGAGAGCGUCUGGCCAUGAUGACGAGUUUGCCAGAGUCCAGAAUACAGGUCUGGUUCAAGAACCGGAGGGCGAAGUACCGCAAAAAGCAAAAGGCAAGCCCAAAGGGCAAAGAUGACGGUGACAGCGCCGAUGAGACUAAGAGUGAAAACGGCGAUUGUGCAGCUGCACCAACAGAAGACAGUGACGAUGACAUCAACGAGGAUAUUGACGUAGAAACCGCCGAUGCCGAAGAACAGACCCAAGACGUAGCCGGAUCGGCGUCGCCUCAAAAGGAUGUCGAGGACGCAGAUUUCAAAGACGCACCCACCGAUAGCGUCCCCGAAGAAAAUGAGACGGAAAUUCCAACUGAGACAGCAGAAGGUGACGGUUGUUCGAGCCACGACAAAAAGCUCAAUUUCCAUUCUAUCGACCUUCUGUUAAACUCAAAACCAACAGGUAAUAAUGAAACACAAGUGUUAAACCCCAAGAUAGACAAUCCAGAACACCAUCGUGGACAUCUCUGUAGAAGAAUUGACGAUUUAGAGUCACCGGUCCGAAAAGCACCAUUCUCUGCUCACGAAAAUCGCAUGCCAGGAAUAGUCUCUGUGGAAGAACAUUUAAAACGACAAUUUCUUGAUCAAAACGCAUCAGCAUUUCCACUUUCUACGCAACUUAAUGCCCAAGCAACGCGCCUUUCUGCGGCUAUGCACCUUCCAUGGCCGCAGCCAUUACCAGUCGAUGUGUCGUCUGCUCCACGACCUGCUCCAUUCGGAAUGAAGGUUCCUUCUUUUGCUGCCGUUCCCAAGGAUUUUGCACUGAACCACAGCAUCGAACAUUUACGCAUGCGUGCCAGACAGCAUUCCGCAUCACUUGGACUACAAGAUUAACGUUUGGAAUUUCCAUAUUUAGAGUUAUUUUUGACUAAUGACAUAGCUUUUAUCAUUAUUAUAGGAUUCCUAUAUUGAUGUUCUAACGCUACAGUGUACUAGCGGACAAAGAAAAAUGAAUGUAUUUUUUUGAUAAUAAGGAAGUAAUCGAAGACCUAAAAUUCUAAAAAUAAUUACUUUUUAUUUUUUACUCUUUAUUUUCUUUUAUUCAGAGAUCUGGAAAAAAUUAGGUAGACGAACGUAAAGACAUUUAUGCACACGUUUCUAGUAUAGAUGUAUGUGGUGUAGUUUUGUAUGAAAUGGAUAUUUACUCUGCGACACUUUGAACAUCUCUUGUGACUUAUUAUUUCAACUUGACAAUAAAUCCAAAUGAUUUUUGUAUAUGUUGCUAUUCUGGUCGUUCUUAUGUUUGCAAAUAAACUAAUGCACCUUGUGUCUUCUGGUUAAACUGUUGAAAUAACAAAUAACAAAUAGCUUCUUCAGCGAAUCUCGUAUUCGAAAGUUAAUAGUGCAGAGAUUGCUUGUAAAAACUGUUCACAAAAAUGUAUGCAAAGCACGUCAAUAAAUAACCAAUACUCCUAACUUCCUUUUAACGAUUCUACUUUAAAAGGAAGCAGUCCCUUCUAUAUAGACUUUUCAAAACCAGUGAUGAUGGCGAUGAUGGUGAUGAUGAUCUAAUUCUUUCUCUGCCACAACUCCAAGUAAAGCACCUGCAGCCAACCCUGCGACUGCCCCGGCUGCCC